CUCUCCCAUUCUGGCUACAGGAAGGGUUGCGCAUGCGCACAUCUGAAACUAUUUAGGUUCGUUGGUUUUUGAGGAGGGACGCUCCUCUACUCUCCUCAGCUCUGUAGUUACACAUAACCUGGUGUUAGUAAACGGUACCAUCGAGGAGACGAGGCUACCAGCGGAAAACCAAGCAUAUCCAGAGGUGUAGGAGCGUCUUUGGGGUGAAAAAGAGUCGCGAUGUUGAACCCGAGCAACGGUGACCCAGGCCACGUUGUGGUGAAUUAUGUCGAGGAGUACUUGGACCUGGUGGAGUCUCUGCCUUUUGACUUGCAGAGGAGCGUGUCCCUGAUGAGGGAAAUAGACGCAAAGUAUCAAGAUGCGCUCAAGGAGCUUGAUGAUGCGUAUGAACGCUACCGCCGAGAAUUGGACUCGCUUCAGCGGCGCAAGCUGCAGUUAUCCAUCCAGAGGGCUCUGAUCCGCAGUCAGGAGCUUGGAGACGAAAAGAUCCAGAUUGCUGGUCAAAUGGUGGAGUUGGUGGAGAACCGAACCCGACAAAUGGAGUGGCAUUCCGAGCUUCUCCUCUCCUCCCAAGAAGUGCAAGAGAGUCACAUUACAACGACAACGCCUAUGACGACUGCGUCCGUGUCCCUGAUGUCGGCCUCUUCGGCGACAGUCACCCCGGGCAAAUCCGGCCAUCACGACAAGAAACGAGACGAAGUCACCCCGGGUUCGGUUGGUGGAGACAAAGCGGGAGGGAAGCGCUCGAGGCGUCAGAAGAACGGAGAAAACCGCGAGUGCUACGGGGGUCUGGAUCAGUCGGAGGAAGUGGGCGCAUCUCGGGAAAAGAGGCCCAAAACGUCUUCCAAGAAGAAGAAACGAUCUAAAGGGAAGUCGGAGAGAGAAGUGUCGCCUCCCGACCUGCCCAUAGAUCCAGACGAGCCGACGUACUGCUUGUGUGAGCAGGUUUCCUACGGAGAGAUGAUUGGCUGCGACAACGACGAAUGUCCAAUUGAGUGGUUUCAUUUCUCCUGCGUUGGGCUCCAUCACAAGCCCAAAGGCAAGUGGUACUGCCCCAAGUGUCGGGGAGAGAACGAAAAGACCAUGGACAAAGCCCUGGAGAGGGCCAAAAAGGAGAGAGCUUAUAACAGGUAGCUCGUUUUGCUUGGCCCAGUGAACUCUGAAUAAAAGCUACAAUUUUA